UCUUGAUAUAAUAUUUUAUCGUUCAAUAAAAAUACAAAGAAGGUUUUAUUAAAAAAACAAAAUCUGGUUACAAUGCCAAACAAAUGUGAAUAAUGUGGGACAGCCGAGGGGAAAAGGCAAACCAAAAAAAAAACGUCGGGAAAACUAAAAGGACAAAGCCGCCACGAUACUCAAUCCGCUCAAAAUGAUCCGUGCCUUGUACUUCGAAUCCGAACCCGAGUCAUCACUAACCGGACCUUGUGCAGUCUCCGUCGACAAACUCCCCGGCGCCGGACUCGGAGGACUACUGCUAGAUGGAAACACUACUGGUGCCUCCCCAGGCAUCGCAGAACUUGAUGGAAUGUUCGCCGAAGCCUCAGGAGCGAUGCCACUUGCUGGAACGUCUGCCGUUUCGGGGGGGCUCGCGGGAGUGGUACUCGGAGAAGAAACCGGUGCAGGGAACCGUAUUGGAGAAGGCCCAUUUGUCGAUGGACUCUGGGUCGGAGAAACGAUGGGCUUUGGCGGACUUGCCGGAGACUUUUCCGGGGCAAUGGAAGGAGAUUUAACAGGUGAAGUCGACGGUGAUUUCGCUGGCGAAAUGGACGGAGAUUUCGCCGGUGGGUUUGAAACGGGCUCAGGACUUGUUGGAGUGUACGUAGGCGGAGAUACAGUCGGAGACUUCGAAGGCGAUGCCGGAGAAAUGGAAGGAGAAGGUGCCUGAGCAAUUGACGGAGGGGGCGACUUUGUUGGUGGCCUCGUAAGUGUUGGGUUUGGCGAAGGAGCAGGCGCAUUGUCUGCUUGUACCAGGCCGGAGCGCGAGACACACAGAACAGACAUAUAAAGUAGAAGAAGAAGCCUAUGCAUCUUUGGAAAUCGAAGCUUGAAGAGAAUGUAUAGUGCGUUAUGAAUGUGUGUGUAACUUGAAGAUUGUUUUCCGAUGAAUAAGAAAAAGGUUUCUGAGAGAUUGAGGAUUAU